UUGAACCUAAUCGUCAUCGUGAAGCUCCCACAGUUUGGCACGCUGCCUACCCUUCCUGUAAUUGAAUCCAUUCGAAUUUCUUAUUUCAUGUUCAGUUGGAUCAAAUCGCCAUUUUUCUAAUAAUAUAUACACACAAUAUAUAUAUAUAUAUGUAUAAAUGUGUGUAUUUAUAUAUCUGUGUGUAUUGAGGAGGAAUUGAGGUAAUUAAUUGAAUGGGUCUCUGCAACUCCUGCGAAUCGGCACCGGCUGUAACGGCGCCGGCGAAGCUGAUCUUCGACAAUGGCAGAUUGGAGGAGUUUCCCUAUCCAAUCAAGGCCGUCCACGUGUUGCAGAGAAACCCUACCUGCUUCAUCUGCAAUUCCGACGAGCUUGAAUUCGACGACGUCGUUCCGGCCGUCGGCGCCGACGACGAUCUCCUCCCCGGACACAUUUACUUCGCGCUGCCGUUGAGCCGCCUCAACCGGCGGCUCCGGCCGGAAGAGAUAGCCGCAUUGGCGGUGAAGGCCAGCGCCGCCCUGGUGAAGAGUCGCCGGGAAAUAUAUUGCGGCUGCCGCCGGAAGGCGGUGGAAUUCUCCGUCGACCAUGGACUGAAAAAAUCGAGGAAGGUUGCGUGGGAGGGGGAGAGGGGUAGGAGGCGCGGCGGCGGCGCCGCCGCAGUGGUCCGGAGAAGAGGGAAGUUUACGGCGAGAUUGGCAGCCAUAACGGAGUAGGGGCGUUUUUGCAAUUUCACGGGAUUCCAGUGUUUGUUUAAUUUCCUGUAGAUUUUUUUAGGGUGUGAUGAUUUGUGUAUUAUUU